CAGUUCCAAAAAAGAGAUGCAGCUUCAUUCCAUGUGUUUAUUUUCUCUAUCUGCUUGGCGAUCGUCGAUCAUUGAUUGAAUUUCUGGCAUUUGUAUUUAUUUAGCAGAUAAUUGUUCAAACAUGUCUGAUCGUGGACGAGGAAGAGCGCGCGGGCGUGCAGGACGGGGGGGCGAUGGGACUGGUCAACCGCCAAGACGUCCCGGCGAGCAACUUCCUCAGCAGCAGCAACAGGCUGCCCCGUUAGGGCCGCGGCCUCAACCUCCAUCAGCAUGGGGAGCGCCAUCCGUUGCACCGCCGGUCCGUGCUGGUGCGCCUGCCCCAGCUGUGGGUAGGGCAUCCCAUCGCACAACUGUCUCUACACACGAUCAUCCUGGCGAUAUCGACGUACAAGAUCGAAUGAAAUCAUUGAAUUUGGAACAAGCGGCCGCUGGAGCUGGAGGUGAUUCUGGAGUGGUUGGUCGUGGAUCUCGCCGUGGUGGUGGACGAGUACUGCCUGAACAAAUGACAAUAAUGCGCACACGUCCAGCAGCAGUAACUUCUAAGAAGGGGCACACUGGAACACCACUGAAUUUGUCAGCCAACUACUUCACUGUGAAGACAACACCCCAGUGGUCUCUGUAUCAAUAUCACGUUGAUAUAACUCCGGAAGAGGACCGCACUGGUAUUAGAAAAGCAUUAAUGCGUGUUCACAAAAACACCUUUGGUGGGUAUCUAUUUGAUGGCACUGUGUUAUACACAGUCAAGAAGUUGCAUCCUGAUCCUCUCGAGUUAUACUCUGAUAGAAAUGAUGGAGAAAGGAUGAGAAUAAUGAUAAAGCUUACAUGCCAAGUGAGCCCUGGGGAUUAUCACUACCUCCAAGUUUUCAACAUUCUUAUUAGAAAGUGCUUUAGCCUUCUUAAUUUGACACUUAUGGGCAGAGAUUUCUUUGAUGCCAAUGCCAAGAUUGACAUUCCGGAGUAUAAGCUCCAAAUUUGGCCAGGGUAUAAGGCCACUAUAAACCAGUAUGAAGAUAGGUUGCUUAUGGUGACUGAAAUUGCCCACAAAGUAUUGCGUUUGGAUACAGUUCUUCAAAUGUUAAGAGAAUACAGUACCUCAAAAGGAGGUGAUUACAAGAAGAUCUUCAUGGAAGAUAUUGCGGCAAAAAUAGUUAUGACUGACUAUAACAAAAAGACUUACAGAGUUGAUGAUGUCUCUUGGAAGGACAGCCCAUUAUCCACCUUCAAAAUGAAGGAUGAAACUAUAACAUACCUGGACUAUUACCAAAGGAAAUACAACAUCCGAAUCACGGACUCCAAGCAGCCCCUACUUAUCUCCCGUUCGAAGCCUCGUGAUAUUCGCGCCGGAAUGCCCGAGCUUGUGUACCUAGUGCCGGAACUGUGUCGUCAGACCGGCUUGUCGGACAACAUGCGUGCUGACUUCCACCUCAUGCGCUCGCUGGACGUACACACAAAAAUUGGCCCAGCCAUUAGAAUUCAGAAGCUCCUGAACUUCAAUCGCAGGUUGACUCAGACCAAGGAAGUUGUGGAGGAGUUGGCUAGUUGGUCCCUUAAACUGGAUACUGAGCUAGUUCGCUUCAAAGGGAGGCAGCUUCCUACUGAGAACAUUAUUCAAAGUGGCAAUGUCAAGUACCCUGCUGGAGAUACCACUGAAGGGUGGACGAGAGAUAUGAGAUCGAAGAAUCUAUUCGCUCUCGUCCAAUUACCUUCAUGGGUUGUUGUAACGCCCGAGCGUCAACGCAGAGAUGCUGAGAGCUUUGUGGACUUGAUCAUGAAAACUGGAGGCGGCGUUGGUUUUAAAAUGCCGCGUCCUGAAAUUGUGACAAUUCAACGCGAUGGUACGAUGGAUUACGCAAACAUGUGCGAAAAUGUGAUCGCCAGAAAAAACCCAGCCAUGUUAUUGAUUAUUCUAGCCAGAAAUAAUACUGACAAAUAUGGUGCCAUCAAGAAAAAAUGCACGGUAGAUCGUGCAGUCCCUACCCAAGUUGUGUGCGGGCGAAAUAUGACCAGCAAGUCUGCUAUGUCUAUCGCUACAAAAGUGGCAAUCCAAAUGUGUUGUAAGCUCGGCGGUGCUCCUUGGACUGUGGAGAUACCGCUGCCUUCGCUCAUGGUAGUGGGCUACGACGUGUGUCAUGACACGCGCAGCAAGGAGAAAAGCUACGGCGCGUUCGUGGCGACAUUGGACCGCCAGAUGACACAGUACUACUCCAGCGUCGACGCUCACACCUCCGGCGAAGAGCUCAGCGCGCAUAUCGGAUUCAACAUUUCGUGUGCUGUCAUGAAGUACCGCGAGAAGAACGGAUUUUUACCUGGACGUAUUUUCAUUUACCGAGAUGGGGUUGGUGAUGGGCAGAUUCCAUAUGUGCUUAGUCAUGAGGUAGCCGAGAUCAAAGAAAAACUUGCCGAACAGUAUGGUACUACAGAAGUUAAGAUGGCCUUCAUAAUAGUAUCCAAGCGUACCAACACCCGUGUGUUUAUCGACACCGGCCGCUCCGGCGAGAACCCGCGCCCCGGCACAGUCAUCGAUGACGUCGUCACUCUACCAGAGAGAUAUGACUUCUAUCUAGUGUCGCAAAAUGUCCGCGAUGGAACCAUAUCUCCCACGUCAUACAAUGUUGUAUAUGAUACAUCCAGCUUGGAUCCUGAUCGCAUACAACGGCUUACUUAUAAGUUGACACACAUGUACUUCAACUGCUCAACCGCGGUGCGCGUCCCAUCCGUGUGCCAGUACGCGCACAAACUGGCCUUCCUCGCCGCCAACAGUCUACACAGUGCCCCGCACUACUCGCUAAACGAAACGCUAUACUUCCUGUAGUCGUGUUUUGUUGGUCGCCCACAACAGGAGCCAUUCGCGACCGAAUACUGUACGUUUAUUAUAAUUGACCAUAAUUAUUAAUAUUAAUAAUAAUGAUUAGAUACAGAAAACGUGAAAUCUGAAAUCGAUUUUAACAAUUCUAUUGUUGUUAUCAAACAAAAUUGCUCGAGUGUCAAAAGA